AUGUCCUCCUCUCCCAGCCAAAAGGAUAAGGCCAAGGCCGCCACAUCGCCUACAUCGCACCAGUCACUGGCAUUUGCAUCUUUGUCGCGGGACAUAUCGCCCUCGACUUCACACUCGCACAUCGCCACCUAUCCGGUGCCGUUGAACUUGUUGGAUGUGUCACUAAAAUUGCAUGAUCACAAGGGAGACCACCCACUUCCAGGGGUUCUGGCGCAAGAAGCUCAUACAUGGCUGUCUCAGCAGCACCAGCAACCUCAGGCUCACUCUCACGCACAGCCAGUGUUCAAUUUUCUGGCGCUUGGUGGCCCAGUAACGGUCCGCCUGGCCCUGAGUCAACAACGGGAUAAUACUCACCAGCCCCAGCUUCUGCAUCAAUCACUGAACUUGCCAUACGCGCCUCCUCCACAAGUACAACCUCUUCAGGUCCAUCCCAGACCUUCUGGCCCCACGUCCACCUUAUCUUCCGAGCACACAUCGCGCGGUCAGUCCGUGUCCUUCUGUGACACCGAGCCGGUUGAAAGAAGCCGCCGUUUCACCAUAUCUGCUCAACCUUCUGCUGUCAAUUUGACUCUGCAGUCUAGGCAUGGACUGACUAUGCAGCUUCCGAUGGCUUCCCGUAAGGGCUCUAUUCAAGGCGAGCUGAGUGCCUCCGCCAGUAGGAACAACUCGGCCCUCGGCUUCAACGCGCUACAUCUCGGCAUUUCGACUUCGGGAGCUUCAGUUUCCCAUUCUGGCUUCCGCGUAGAUAGCCCAUGCUCAGUGGACACUGGUGUUAAUCUGAUGGCACUGUCGGACCAAAGGGGCACUCCAUCGCCUCCGCCCACAGUCAGAAACACAUCCGCGGGCCAUGUGGCAUCGCCUUUAGCAUCUCCCCUGGUUGCCUCUGUUGUCAAUGAAACAGAUGCCGCAUCAGCACGCAGAGGAUCUCAGACCAGUCCAGCUCCCACAAGACAGAGCUCUCUACUGAGACGCAGCUCCACGAAAAAGUCAAACAAGACCGUGGUGUCAUAUCCAGUGGGCCCACCAGUGCCUUUCCAGCAAUAUUUGACGAAAGAGGAUGACAAGAAAUGUCACAUUCUAUUGGGGUGCACGGGCAGUGUGGCCACCAUCAAAGUUCCACUCAUAAUCAACAAACUCUUUCAAAUAUUUGGAACUAAUAAGAUUUCUGUACAGUUGGUGGUGACCAAGUGUGGCAGUCAUUUCUUGAAGGGGUUGAAGAUACAUAAAGAUGUGAAGAUCUGGCGUGACGAAGACGAGUGGGCCAACUUCACUGAGUGGAAUGCAAAUGUCACAACCACACCUUCAACGUCAGAACAGGGUGUCAAGAAGCAUAAGAACAUACUUGACACCAUGGUGUUACACAAUGAGUUGCGAAAAUGGGCAGACAUCAUGCUUAUUGCUCCGCUAAGCGCCAACACGCUUGCGAAGUUGGCAAAUGGUAUCGCCGACAACUUGCUCACAUCGAUUGUCCGUGGCUGGGGCCCUGUUAGCACGUCUGCUGGACCUGACGGGCAGUUGGCUCAGAAGAAGCCCAUUUUGGUUGCGCCUGCCAUGAACACUUUCAUGUACACGCAUCCUUUAACCGCAAAGCACCUAAAUAUUCUCGGUGUUUCUGAAGAAGGUUUUGGAUUUGAGGUCUUGAAGCCGGUAGAGAAGGUGCUCAUAUGCGGAGACAUUGGUAUGGGAGGCAUGAGAGAGUGGCUGGAUGUUGUUGAGAUUUUGAGACGCAAGAUCAAAUUUCUAUGGGCCGAGCAAGCUAAACAGCUUGACGUGAGCCUUGAAGAAGAAAAUGAAGAGGAUGAGGAUAAAGAGAAUGACGAUGAAGAUGAUGAAGAUGAUGACGAUGAUGAGGACGAUGAUGACGAUGAUGACGAUGAGGAUGAAGAUGACGAUGAUGCAGACGGGGAGACUCAAGUGGAAGAUGUGGGCACAAUACAACCAUUUAGACCCGAUGAGAACGAAUUUGGAGGCAAGAAUAGUCCAGACAAAGAGAUCUCGGAGGCUAUCCCUGACGAGCUUGCCAAUCAGAUCCAGCGAACCAUUAGUCCUCUCAGCGAAGAAGUUCGCUCAAUCAUUUAG